AUGCUUUUGGACGGCCUCAUUGUCCGAGACGGGCCAGCACCGCUCGACAAGCUCCAUGGCGCGCCGUACUUUCUCCUCACGAUGUUCGUCAUGCAAUACGGCCACUUUGUGCUGCUUCCUCACUACGGCUUCACUGGCUUCAGCAUCUACAUUUUCUUGGCCACUGCCACUCUGACGCUGGACGGCCUUGUCUCCAACAGUUUUGGCAAGAACGUUGUGAGUCUCCGCGCCAACGGCUUCUCGGACGCCACCACGGUGGCGACGAUGCUGCUCAACACCGUUGCGUCUCAGUUCUUGACGUUUGUCGUCGUGUACUACAUGGGCACGCCUGACACGGUCGCUGGCCUACUGCACCCUUCGUCCUACUCACCUUGGAUCGUCGCUGCGAUUGCCAUCAACCUCGCGCUCACCGAAGGACUCUUCUUCGCCGCACACAAGCUCCUCCACGAGCUUUGGCCGCACGUGCACGUGAUGCACCACUGCUGUCUGCACUCGUCGCACUCGACCAACGUCAUUUUCCACCCGAUCGAUCUCGCGUUUGAAUUUGGCGGCCCCGGCGCCGUCGUUCUCGCGAUGCACAUCUUCGUCUGGGAGCAGAAUCUCACGGUGCUGCUCGCGACGUACCUCAUUGUCCAAACAUACUAUGCGAUCGACCACAGCGAGUGGCUCCAGACGUACCAUUACAAGCACCACGCGCAGCUCAACGCAGUGUACACGAUUUACAUCAACCAUCGGUCGUCCCCGCAGCUUGAUCAAGUGCGCAGUCUCGUAAAAAAACCACUCAAAGCCGACUAAGCGCAAAUAGCAU